ACAAUCCACCAGGGAGAAAGGCCAUUACAGGUCACAUUAAAAAGUUGUAUAUUGUCGCAGCCGCAUCUCUUGCAAAUAUAUUAAAAACCGCAGACAUGUUCGCCUUAACCACAGACGCAUGGACAUCAACAGCAGUCGUAUCGUAUAUAACAAUAACUACCCACUUUAUUGAUGACAACUGGGAGUUACGUUCGUAUGUUUUAGAAACAUUUGAUCAUCCCCAAAGACACACUUCAGAAAAUCUAAGAAAAGCUGUUGAGGACUGCGUCAGUCGGUGGAACAUGGACGGAAAAGUCAUAGCGACUGUACAUGACAAUGCUCGAAAUGUAGCAUCAAGAGUGACACUUUCAAUGGUGCGGCCAAUUAUAUACCGUCUUAAAGAAAAUUUCUUAAAAGGAAAGCCUACAGAUUCCGUCUUAAUUAAAAAUUUUAAAGAGACGGCGGUUCGAGAGCUUCAAGAUCGGUUUUUAAAUAAAACUUCUACGGCCAAUUUCGAACCCACAUGCGUGCUACUAGCUGAAAUUCUUGAUCCAUUGUGUUAGAGAAGCUGUUGGCAUGUAUGUAAGUAUAUUGGAAUGUGAAAAUAUCAGAGAAGAAGAACAAUCAACACCAACGACCGAGGAGUCCGCACUAAAUUUUCUGUUUUUUGGAACAAAAAACCCAAGA